GCCCACGAUAGCUGUCGCGAAUUCAGGCAUUAUGGCCUCCGCAAGCUUCUCCUGGGACACCAUCGGUCCCUUUUUCGUGUGGCAGUUCCUCAUUCCCCUGGCCGCCGGAUGGGUCCAGAGCAUCCUCUACUCCAUCUUCAUCCGCGCCGGCGACCCCAAGCCCACCCCCGGCUCUCCGCGCUUCGUUCGGCACCGCCGGCAGAUCCUCAUCGCUAUCUACCUCGCCUACUUCGCUUUCACAAUCUACGAGGUGGACUUCAACUUGCAGAAGUCGAGCAAUGCGUACAACGAGCUGGGCGUGCCGAUCGACGUGGACGACGGCGGGCUGCAGUCACGGUUUAGGAGGCUGACGAUACGCUUCCACCCGGAUAAAGUGGGCCCCGGGGUGGACAGGGAAAAAGCCAACAGCUACUACAUACACCUUAAGCAUGCAAGAGAUAUUAUUCUGGAUCCGGCGAAGCGUUUUGCGUACGAUCGCUUUGGGCCAGAUAUCUUUCAGCAGUGUAGGCAGUGCUUGACGGUCAAGGAGUUUACGGAUAAUGCGCUGCUCACGGCGCUGGGGACGUAUGGGGCACUCCUCGUCUUUCUCUUAGGGGCGAAUGCACUAGGAUUCCUCAAGGACGGCGCGUAUUGGCGAUAUCUCGCUAUCCUUGCAGUCGCGACGUUCGACCUGCGUACAGCGAUGCGACCGGAUCAUCCAGCAUUUCUCACCAAGUGGCUGAACCCGCUGAUGGCGUCGCUGCGCCUCCGGCCGCCCUACCUCCCCUUUCAGGUCACCAUCAUCGUAAAGAAAGCCUCCAUAUCCGCGGCGCAGUUCCUCGGUCUUCUGAUCCCGCUCUACCGUAAUGAUCCGCAGAGGCCCGCCAAGGCAUCCGACGAUUCCGAAGACGCGCGCCACAAGCAAAUCGACCGCCUCGACGCUGUGGUCCAAAGCUCGGCCAUGGAAUCGUCGCGUCUGCUGGAGCUCGAGAGCACACCGUUUAGGGAGAAUGAGCAUGCGAAGAGUGAGCUAAGAGCGGCGCUGAAGAAGUACAUGUUGCAGAAUGUGGUCCAUCAGGAGAAGGAGGUGCGAAACGCGAUUGGGCAGAGCAUAAUGCGGCGGCGGGCGGGUGUGCCGCAUGGGGCGCAGGGGAAUAGAUGAGAUACCC